AUGAAUCCCUCCAACUCGAUCGAACUCACACAAACCUUCGAGUACUCCAGCAACACCCAUAACUACAAAAUCCGCUGGACAUCCCUCGGGAACCCAGAAUCCCCGCCAUUGAUAUUCAUCCACGGCACACCAUGGUCGUCAAAAGUCUGGCAUGUCUACGCCCAGUCCCUCGCAAAGCAUUUUCAUGUCUACCUCUCCGACAAUCCCGGGUUCGGCACAAGCCCACGUGGCGAACCUCGGCCCGGGAAGGAAGCUGAAAUCACGAAAGAAAUGGCGUUAGACGCCGAUCUGUCUGGGCAGUCCGAAGUGUUUGCCGCGCUCUACAAAUAUUGGGCAAGAAGUUGGGGAUCUAGAAAGGCACAUGUUAUCGCGCAUGACCAUGGCGGACUAAUGAGUCUUCGGGCGCAUAUCAUCCACGGAUGUGAAUUUGCGAGCCUGUGUCUGAUCAACGUGGUGGCAAUAGGGCCCUUUGGACAGCCGUUGUUCAAACUAGUCGCGGAGAAUGAGGGCGUGUUCCGUGCGUUGACGGGUCCUGUUUUUGAAGGUGUUGUUGAGUCUUAUAUCCGGGAUGCGGCGUAUACAGAUUUGACGAAGGAAACGAUGGAGAUGUUGAAGGGGCCGUGGAUCUCGAGUGAAAAGGGCAGGAGGGGGUUUGUCAGGCAGAUGGUGCAGGCCAACAGUCGCAGCACGGAGGAGGUUGAGGAUAGGUAUCCGGAGGUUGGUAAAGCUAUGCCUGUCCAAAUUAUCUGGGGUCAAGAGGAUCGCUGGAUUCCUGUUGAGACUGCGUUCAGGCUGGGAGAAAAGCUGAAUGCCCGGGAUGUUGUGCUGAUUGACGGAGUUGGCCACCUGGUGAUGUAUGAUCAGGAAGGCAAACUAGGGGUGGAGCUGGGAUGGUGGUUGAGCGAGGUGAAUCGCUGA